UGUUGUGAGUCAGGCGAUUUAUCGGCGUUUUAUUUUGCUUUUUUCCUGUAAUUCGGCUUCUUUAUUUCACGUAGGAGUUAGUACAAAUAAUGUAAAAUGGCCAUAAAUUUAGAUAAACACAAACAGGCGUUAGUCGCUGGGUGGAAAGAUGUGUUAGACGAGAAAAGUGAAACCAACUGGGCCUUAUUUGGCUAUGAUGGCCCAUCAAAUGACUUGAAGUUCAUCAGCAAAGGCGAUGGAGGUCUAGACGAACUCAUUGAUGAGUUCAACAGCGGCAAAAUCCAAUAUGCCUUCCUUAAAGUGGACCAGCCCAAUGGAAGUAUAUCUAAAUAUGUACUUAUCAACUGGCAAGGUGAGGGCGCGCCGACAGUCCGCAAGGGAACAUGCGCGAACCACGUGAAGCAAGUGGCGAGCUUCUUCACCGGCUUCCACCUCACCAUGCAUGCCCGCACGGAGGACGACCUCGACGAGAAGCUCAUCCAGGACAAGGUGGCGAAGGCUGGCUCAGCCUUCAACUUCAAGUCCAGUCGGCCCGAGGAGAUGCCGCCCAGUGGACCUGUUGGGACUGCCUAUCAGAAGGUUAACCCAGUGCAAGAAAUAAAUUCUAAAGAAAGGGACCAGUUCUGGCUGAAAGAAGAACAAGAAGAGAAGAAAAGAGUGGAAGCUGAGAGGAAAAGGAGAGAUGAGGAAAAAAGAAAAGCAGAAGAGGCUGCCAGAAAAAGAGAUGAACUGGAGGCAGAAAGAAGAGCCAAGGCAGAGCAAGAGAGGUCGCCGCCGUCCCCUGCGGGCGGGGCUGCGGGCGGGGCGGCGGGCGGCGCGGCGGGGGCGGGCGCGGGCGGCGCGGCCGAGGCGGUGCGGCGGCAGCGCUCCGCCGAGGCGCGCCAGCUCAUCGGGGCCUCCACCGCCGCCGCCCGCGCCAUGUUCCAGCAGAACCUGGCGCAGGGACAGAUACACACGCACAGAUCAAACUCAGUAACGCCAGAGAAACCAGUCCGGAGUUCAGUGAUAGCACAACGUAUAAACACAUUUACUCAAGCUCAAUCACCGCAGCCGGUGUCACCGAUCAAAUCCCCAACCAAACUAGAACCGCCAGCCAAAUCACUCCCAGAGGCCGAAGAACAAACAUCAACGAGUCCGCUUAAAAACAUCGAUAAGAUCAAAAUGAGUCUCGAAACUCCCUCCCAGAUACAAUACGAGCCAAUCAUAGACCCAGCAGAUCUAAGUCCGAGUACUGAGAACGAACCAACAUCGUUCAGCGCUGUUGCGUACACGGAAUACAACCAAGAGAAUUCGUACCGAGAUAUCGAGCCGCUAAAGCAAAGUGAACCGAUGAUUAAACAGAACAUUCUCGAAAAUGAUAUGUUUGAUGCAUCGUACUCUAGUUCUAAUGAGAAUGAUGAUGAUGACAGUGAUAAUAAGUUCAGUACUAUUAAGCGGUCGCCAUACAGUAAGAAUAAUGUCGCGGAUGAACGAGAGCGCUCCGAGCUCAGUCGACAGAAUACUGUUAUAGAGAAUGUUAAUUUCAAGAAAGAUUUGAAUGGGACUACGCUUGAGGAUGUGUCACCCGAGGGCAUGGAGGAUGAAGGCGCGAUAUAUGAAGAUUUGGACGAUGACCCCGGUCUCACCGCGAGAGCUUUAUAUGACUAUCAGGCCGCGGAUGAAUCCGAGAUCACAUUCGACCCUGGCGACAUAAUAACUCACAUCGAGCAGAUCGACGCGGGCUGGUGGCAGGGGCUCGGCCCUCACGGCGUGUUCGGCCUGUUCCCCGCCAACUACGUCGAGCUACUGCCCUGCCAGCCGCGCUAGACUACCUAGAAUAUCUACAACCUAGGCCGAACAACAAGGAUGUAACAGUGAUGCCUGUGCCCCUAGAUAAGUUAUAUUUUUACGAGUGUGAUCGCUGAUCUAAUAGAAAGUAGAACAUCAUGAAUACAUAACAGAGAUGUUAUGGAGUUAUAUAAACCUAAAAUUUCUUAUAUCCGAAAUUAAGAACUGUUCGUAUCCAUACCUCAGUUCCAUAAGUUUCGGAUACGGGUGAAGACUUUUUAAAAGGUUAUUGUCGAACGAAAUGUCACACAACAGGGUUCGUCUCUUGAGUUUAUCAUUUCUCUUCUGCAAUUCCGAAACGGUCGAGUAAUCCAUUUUUUUGUCGUAACCAUAACCGUAACUGAAUCCAACGAUUCGAUCAACGCUUUCACUUGUAAAAAUAUUAUUUGUCUACGGGUGCUUUGGACUAGUGUAUUGUAAGUCAUAUAACUCAAAAAUCCGUUUGCGACUUAUAUGUUUUAAUUGUGUUAACUGUUUAAUUUUGUACUGGGGAACUUAAUAUUUAAUCUUGACUUUGCUUGAGUUUUAGACAGUAACAAAUCUAAUGAACUUGUAAUAAUAUGAAUAAUCUAUGUGUGUAAAUAGAUGGGAUCGAAUAUUGUUUUUCCUUCAUACGACUAUGCACAGCAUUAAAAAAAUAUAAAAGAUAUAUAUUUAGCUUGCUUAUGUUAAUAUUAAGGUCCCUAGGAAUCCGAAUUAAUUUAAUUUCAUAUUCUGUGCCCAUAUGUCUUACUUCUUACAGUUUUUGGACGAUGCGUUACAAUCUAUACUUGUCAUAGCGCAUUUUAUUUGUCACGUGACUGUCACGUUGUUUGACUUUUAAGUCUGUACGCACAUAAUUUUUUUCAAUAAGUUCGUUCGAUUUCGAUUUUAAACUCAAUAUUUUGUUUUUAUCUUCAUCAAAUUAUAAAGUUACCGUUCUUCGAAAAUGGCUGUUUUAUACGAAUCGAUGCCGGUACAAACAUGUAUAGCAUAAUAAUUAUGUGACGUCAAGCACAUACAUUGUUCUACGUAAUUUGCAAUGCAUGAAACUUCGUAGGAUUCCCUGAACAUUCGAAAAAAAUACCCAAUAUUCGCUCCACAUUAUUAAAAUAUAAAUAAGAUUAUUCUAGUAAGCGUUAUAAAAUGCGAGAGAUUGUUAUUAGUAUAAAGAUAAUGAGGACUGAUGCAAUACCCAUGUUAUAUGGUUAACAGAAGCAUGAAACCCGGCCCUAUACACGCUUUUUCUAAUAAAAGUGUAACUCACGAAGCUACUAAACUUAAAUGUAACCCUGUGUGACUUGUGCGAGUGUUAUCGCUGAUCACAACGCUCAAAUGUAUGGAAGAUAAGUCUAGUCACGUGAUUUAUCAAUAAAUAAUUUGAUUGCUUGGAGCUUAGGUCAGCUGUACUCAACACUAUUUAGGGGGUCUUAAUUAAAACGGGCGCUAGAGGUGGGCAACCAACAAAGGCCCAUCGCCACAGGUUGAGUACAGCUGAUGAAGAUGGUAUUGAAAAUUAAAACGAAAACAGUCGAGCAUUUUGGUAAUAUUUAAAUAGUAUUUACCCAUAAUGCUAAUAAAUUAUCGACAAAGUCUCAUGUAAAAGUCUUAAAUAAGUAUUUCUUCUCUAUUUAUAAGAUGCCAGGGUCGGGGUAAAAACAUUGAUAGCGUUAAUGUUCAUCGGCCGAAUAUACUAGUCUGAGUAGGUCAAAGGUCAAAAGUAAAAAUAUUUUUUAAUUCUUAUCAUGUCUACUAAAUAGUUUACAAUACAAGUUUAUAGUGUUUCUACUCAAAAUCUAAAUAAUUUUCAACAUUUUCAAGAUUCUUCAUAGUUUUAGGUAAAUAUUCAAUUUUCUUACUAGUAAUACAAGAUACCUGUAUGUUGGCAACACUUACAGUAGAGUUGGAAGCAAUUUAGACUGUGAUGCGAAAGAAUUUUUAGUCAACUUUGGGAUUUUCAAAUUUUUGAUCGAAUGAACUUUAUAGAUUUAGAUUUUUUUAUACCUACUUUUAGACUAGGCAGUGCUGGCCCAAAUAGUUAAAUAGUGAUGUCGAAAUACACUUGAACUCUUCAACUAAUGAAUUUUGAUAUAGCAGUAGUGGCUGCAAUACUUAACUUGGAAUACAGUUAUUAAUGCAAUCUCUUGGUUUAGUAUAAAUUAAAUAAAUAUAAAAAAUAAUAAGAAAUAAAAGACAAGGCCUAACAGCCGCUUAUUUGAUUAAUAAUAAACUUCAUCUUGAUUCCAAAAUGUAAUGAAAGAAAAUUCAAGAUAUCUUCUCUAUAUAAAAGAGGGAACGUGAUUUGUUGAAAAAUACUGCUGCUUUAAUAUCGAUUUAUAUCGUUAAUUUGAAAAUUAUGAAGCUAUCGCUCGAUUUUUUUUAAGUUAAUAAUGUUUUAAGAGCUUAAUAAACUACAUUAGUAUUUUUUUUAAGUUUAGUCAUUUAAGAAGUUCAUUUAAACUCGACACGAGUUAUUUAGACUGCCAUUUAUUUAUGAAAAAAAAAAAAUAAUAUUUUAAGCAUUUAUAUUAUUAAAGACUUCUGCAUUUCUUAUUUUUAAAGCAUUUAGGGACUAAUUUUAUUGGCAAAAUUUACGGAGUCGCCAACAUUCGGCCAAAGCGAAAAUUAAAUAUUUUGAUGUAGAGAAAAUGGAAGUAAAAUAGAGUACCUAUUCCAUUUUAUGUGCUAGUAAUCUAGCUUGAAUUUAAUUACAGUGCUUUAUUUACUGAUUAUAUAAAGCUUUAGCUGUACUUAUAUUACGUUAAGGCUCAUCAGCCUGCUAGUAAAAUUCAUGUAUUUUAUUUCUAUUUUCAUGAUUUGACAAAAAAAUUGAAUUAUAUUGGUGUUAAUGUUUGUUUACAUGUUUGUUUACAUGUCGUUUUGUAUAUAUUUGGAAGUAACGUGAAGUAUAAACAGUCAAAAAAUAACGGAAGCCUAUUUGAAAUGAAUCAAUGACAUGUAAAUGAAAACCGGAAGGAACAAUUGAACAAAAAUGUAAAAAUAGUAAUAUUUUUUCUGCAAUGAGUCAUAAGUAAUUAUAAAAUUACAUCAUUAUUAUCCUUUUACCUCCCAACUAUUCGAACUAAAUGUAUAAUAUUAUGUAGUGCCAAAAUUAACACACAAAAUACUGUACUAUGUCACAAAGAGACACACAAAUAUAUUGGAAUACAGAUUUAGUGUUUGUAGUUAAUUAGUUGCAGAUUUAAACUAUUUUUAAAGUAUUAAGUUUUGUUACGAGGCAUACUUUUGCUUAGCUUACCUUAGGCAAUAUUACUGGAAUAUAGAAUCAGUGUUUUAAAUGUACAGAUGUUUAUUGUUAGCAUGUGCUUUAAUUUACGUGUAUUUACAGGCCGUAUGUCUUUUAAAACUUGUCAUUUUUUGGUAAGGCAGAGGAAUUCCCACGGACACUACCUCCUGAAAAGGAUGUAGGUAGUGUGAGAAUUUUACUGACUAAACCCGAACUGCCGUGAAACGUCUACCGUGUUUCGUCGGUGUGUGUGAUAAUGAUAAUGCAACGCAUGUUAUUUAUCACGCACCACCCAUUAUAGUUACUUUGUGAACUGUGUAUCAUAAGAUCUGUAAACCUAUAUACUUGUUUGUUUUUAAAGGUAUACGAUUACGUCAUCAUACGGCCUGAAUCAUCAUCAAAUAGUAUAUUUUAAAGAUGAAUAUAAAUACUACAUUAUCUAAAGAACAUUUAUCCCCUAUAGUCUCAAAUAGUUUUUAGCACUCCAUAUUAAGUUUGUCUUUAUCACGAUUUUUGUUUUAUUUUACUGUGUAAGCCUGUUGAUGGUCCUAUUUUAAUCAGUUUCGUUUGUCUCAAGGACUUCCUAGAAAUGUAUGUAAUUACACAACGUAUUUAUUUUUCAAUAUCUCCGGUGACUAUUGAACAGGCAUUUGCAGUGAAAUAGUAAGCCUUCUAGUUAUUGUAUAGCACUAUUGUGUUAGUGUUUUCGCUCUGAAUCCAGCCUUCAACAUACUAUGUAUUUUUAAGGAAUGUUAAAGUCAAUGUGCCCCAAAUAGAUGAUUAUCUAAGACUAAGCUUCGCCUUUACUUCUUCUAUACAUAAAUAUAACGUAAGUCAUGUAAGUGAGAUGUAUUUUUCGUAUUACGUUGAUAAAUAUGUUCUCUAUUGUACCUAUAUUAUUGCAAUAUAAUUUUUAUGUGUAUGGUGCUCCAAUGUAUUGUAAUUUGUAACAUAGGUUUACAUUUGUAUCCUAAUAUUUUCGAAAUAAACAAGUCCUAGAUUCCGGAA